AUGAAGUUCUCACUCGUCGCACUCUUCGCUGCCACUGCCCUCGCCGUCCCUCAAUUCGGAAAGGGUAAGGGCAAGUCUACUGGCAUCCCGACUGGCAUCCCGACUGGCUUCCCAACUGGCCCAUUCCCAACUGGACCGUUCCCCACGGGCUUUCCUUCGGGUUUUCCUACUGGAUUCCCCUCAGGCUUCCCGACUUCUGGAUUCCCCUUCCCAACCGGGGGUUUCGGCGGUGGUGAGGCCCAGGAUGGCUCUGUGCUGAACGCCGAGCUCGAAGACGGCGAUGACAAGCGGUCUAAGCCAACCGGCAAGCCAACCGGCAAGGGCAAGGGCAAGAGCACCGGCGUGCCGACUGGUAUCCCCACUGGCUUCCCCACUGGAUUCCCCUCAGGCUUCCCGACUUCUGGAUUCCCCUUCCCGACCGGGGCUCCUGGCGAAGACGACAACUAG